CUGGACCGUCAAGAGUCAUUGAACGAGCAUCAAGCGCCCACACCACAAAUUCAACGGCCAUAUCACUCCUAUGGCUCACCUUGAACUUUCAAAGGAAAUCUACUGCUCCGAUUUGCGAUGAAACGCGGGCAGAAUACUGAUUCCACUACUCAAACGAGACAAAACCCAUCCCUCCAGACCCCGGACAAGCCUCCCUCGGGGACACGCCGCCCGGCAACAGCAAACGCAGCCAAGCUGCAGUCCUGGUGCGACCCCCUGCCGUCUUCCUCGUUCUCCGCAAGGUCGUCCAAGAGAAAUCAUUUCCCUAGCACGCGAGAUCAGACCACCCUCACGCAGAUUGACUUUGUAACGCCGACGCCCCAGCCGGCCCGAUCGGAUGAAAGCCUCCGGUAUCUCAACAACAAGCGGCCACAGCGGGGUCGGGCAGACAACCAUGAAGUGAUAGAACUUGACGACGAUUCGGACCACGAUGAAGAUUACCGACCGCCAUCUGGUCGCCAGCCUCGUGGAGCCCGCGGGGUCAGAUUCGAAGAAGGGCCGGGCAACACGUCCACCGGGCAAUCAAAGUCCGCCCGUCAGCGCGACGGCGACUCGAAGCAAAAGCGCAGGAAAAGUGGCGCGAGCGUCAAGGGCAACAAAAUCGGCAAGGAUGCGAAGAAAGGCAACAAGACUCUGACACAGAUGGACUAUGUGCGGCGCUAUCUGAAGAUCGAACCGGACGAUGAGGUUAAGUUGGAAUAUACUUAUGCCACUCCGAACAAGAGCGACAGGAGGAAGACACCUCGUCGCGACUCCGGAACCUUGGUCCCGCAGCCGGAUCACUUCUUGUACCAAGAGCCCACAAGCGGGGGCAAGAAGCGGAAAUUGAGCAUGACCGCUGAUGCAAAGGCCAAACUGGCCGAUGAAGAGAUAUAUGGCCCUCAAGAUCCUGGCUCGGUUACUCCUCGAGCAAAGCGGGAGCUUGAGAUACCUUCUUCUCAUUCUCCGGAAAGCUCGGGCAUUGCAGUCAUCACAUCGUCGCAGUUUCGUACUGCCAUUCGUUCCCCACAGAAACACGAUUUGGCUGACACUGCAGGUCGGUGUGUCAAGCAAGAGUUGCCUUCACCUCGGUGGAUCAAGACGGAAGUGCCUCGAAGCCCGCCGCUGGAAAUUCCAGAGUCCAACGAAUCCCUGCCCGCCGCUGUGCUCUCAGAUUCACCAUCACCGCGCAAGUCCAUAAGUGACCAGGGAAGCAUCACAUUACUAUCUGAGCAGCUAAAGUCGGAACAACUGGAUGAGCAGCAGCACGGUAUCAGUGCACCGAUUCCUACUACCCAGAGGACCGUGGUAUAUGAGACAGAUGCAGAAACAGAUUACGGCGAUCUGGAAGAUGAUCUGCCCAACCCAAUCGAGACACCUCGAAUGAGAAAGGUCCCGCAUUAUGACCCCGGAGCAGUCAAUCUUGAGCACGAAGAUGCCACGGAGGAGAGUUCACAGGCUCUUCCUCUCAUCACCACCACUCAGAUGGAAAAGACGGAGCAGCCGCCCCCAGAUGACAACCUUACCUCAGAGGCAUCGAUCUACUAUCAGAGAAUACAGCCAGCCACCCAGUUUCCCCUCGGACCGGUGCCGAACUUGGACACUCAACGUUUGGCCGAGCUAUUUCCGGAUGAACAACCCAACAAUGAAAGCGUUGCUACCACAUUAUCAACAGAGUCAUCUAAAGCACCUGAACGCUUAGUCAAUGCGUCGGAAACCCAAUCGCUGAGUUCGAGGACGCGUAAUGAUUCAGAUUCGACGCUAACCGAUAUCGUUCCGGAGUCUUCACCCAUUGUCAGACAGGACGAUGUGGGAAGCGUCAAUUUUCGGACGACCGCCCACCGUCUUGCUUCGCGAGACAUAGUGCAGGUGGAAUCGUCGCAGCCAGCGGACAGGCAUCGUAGCCUGUUUCAGAAUCAAGAGGACUCCGGUCCCCGCUUCUUCCGAAAGAGUGAUUUUCUCACAUCAAGUGUUAUGGAAAGCAUACCACUGCCCGUCUUCCUCAUGGACAGCCAGGACACUGUUGGAGAACCCUACAGCUCACCCAAGGGAGCGUGAUUUUUGACCAAGGAGCCUGCGCACAACAAAGUACCUUGUAUAAUCUCAUCGCGCGAUGAAUGAAUGAAUGAAUGACGAGCAAUA